AUGGCCAAACAAUUCACAUACAAAGAAAUCGCUGAACACAACACUGAGGGCGAUCUGUGGAUGAUCAUUGACGGUAAGGUGUACGAUUGCUCCAAAUUCGUCGAUGAGCAUCCAGGUGGUGAAGAAGUUUUGCUUGAUUUAGGUGGUCAAGACGCUACUGGUCCAUUCGCUGAUAUUGGCCACUCAGAUGAUGCCGUUAAAAUGCUAGAAGACUUGUACGUUGGUGACUUGGACAAGGACAGUGAACCUGUGAAGAGAGUUGAGGCUGAGCCUUCCUCUUCCACCACUGGGGGUGAGGGUAACGGUGCUUUAAUUCUAGCUCUCCUCAUUGUUAUUGCCGCGGUUGUUAUUUACUACAUGAACCAACAGUAG